AUGCCAGUCCUAUACCCUCGAUACUGCUCUUACUAUGGGGGUAAUGACUGCUAUUCUACCUGGGACUCUUGGGGUCGCUGGGUAGCGUUCGCCGUAAUCGUCGGUGUAGCCUUCCUCCUUUUCUUCAGUUUCGCAUGCUUCAACGCACGACGCCGCCGAACUCAUGGCCAACGCCCUCUCACAGGAACUGGGUGGAUGGCUCCUCCCCCGGGACCUCCUCCGCCAAACCAACCCAUCUACCAGCAACCCCCCUACGGCGACCCUUACUACCAACAAAACGCGCCCCCUCAAUACAGCCCGAACCCUCAGCACCACGGCUACUUUGGCGCGCAAAACGCACCACCACAGCAGCAAGGAAUCGAGUUGCAGCAGCCUCCGAAUGCGUACGGUGCCAGCGGAUAUGCGCCGCCUCCUGGCCCGCCACCCAAUGGCCGCAAGGACUAG